UAUAUAAACGUUGCGCUGAGACCAGCAGGACACCAGUUCCUUUCCGACAGUCCAAUCAUGAAGUACCGAAUGUUGAACAAACGCAAGCAGGCGACUCCCUCGCCAGUGAGAGAAUCCGACGCAGAAGACCUGUCCAUGGCCAACCACAGUGCUCUGGAAAUGGAGGCGGCUGCCGCUCUCUUGUUGCUCCGCUACCAAUAUGAUCGACAAGUGUGCAACAGCAUUAUAUCCUACACGGAGUCCUGCUCUCCGACUCCACCGCCUGCAGUUGCCGAUAACACGACGCCAAAGGAUCAGACUGUUCGUCCGACAGUCGCGAGUCAGCCGUUGAAGAAACGCUCCAUACCAUCGCACCUUCUCAGGAGAUCCCUGACACCGGCUAAAUCCGAGACUUCAGUCAGCAACAAGUCGAUAGUCAAAGCCAAAACGAGGACUCCAAUUCCCAGUAAGGAGCGCAACUGCAACAGGUCCUUGCUCAAGUCCUGCAGAAAUAUGAUUCGCGAGUUUUUGGACAAUCAGGAGCUUAUCUAAAAGUUAAGCUACCUAUCCUGGGAUAACCGCCUGAAACCAAUUAUAUAUUUUUAAUUUUACUCAAAUCCAGAUUUUAGAAAUCUUCGCUUUAAAACGCCACAGUGAAUUGCACGAUUGCAGAAAAGAACUAUAAAUGAAUUUUUAUAAAUAAAUGUAGCCCAGUAAACUACAAUCCCAAUUGAGGCCCAAGAAA